GGAUGUAUCGUUUAGGUGCUCUUUGCUUCCUGAGAAGUGAGAACCACUAAUCUCUCUCUCUCUCUCUCUCUCUAAGAAUCAUCAGAUCAGUGAUACAUAGAAAACAAGGGAGAGAAAGGAACGAUGGGGAGAGCUCCAUGUUGUGAAAAAGUAGGGUUGCACAGAGGUCCAUGGACUCCUAAAGAAGAUGCAUUGCUCACAAAGUAUAUUCAAGCUCAUGGCGAGGGCUUGUGGAAAUCUCUUCCUAAAAGAGCUGGCCUUCUAAGAUGUGGAAAAAGUUGCAGGCUGAGAUGGAUGAACUAUCUGAGACCAGACAUAAAGAGAGGCAACAUAACCCCUGAAGAAGACGACCUCAUCAUUAGAAUGCACUCGCUGCUCGGAAACCGAUGGUCUCUCAUCGCCGGAAGAUUACCGGGACGAACAGAUAACGAAAUCAAGAACUACUGGAACACUCAUCUCAGCAAAAGAGUCAAGGCACAACAACUAGGGCCUGAUCACCAACCAACAUCCAAACCCAGAAACAACACCAACAAGAAGAACAAUAAGAAGAAGAAGAAGAAGCCCGCCACGAAAAAUAAUGUGGAGGGCGAAGCAGAAAAGGCCGAAGAACAAGAGAAGAAGACGCAUAUAUAUCUUCCAAAACCAAUUAGAGUUAGGGCUUUACCUAUAAGCAUAAACGAAGAAGAUUCCAAGAUUUCUUCUUCAGCGAGUGGAUCUUCAAGCCAAGAUCCGUUAAUAUUACAGAAGGAAGAUAUGGAUGUGAUGAGCUAUGAGCCUUGGGUUGAAAACGACGACGUGUUUGGGUUUUUCGUUGAAGGAGAUCAGAAUAUUGACAGAGUCAACGCCUCAGUAUCAGAAGAAAAUAAUAAUAUUAAUAAUAGUGAUGAUAUGGAAUACGAGUCACUGGAGAGGCUAUACGAGGAGUAUUUGCAGCUCUUGAAGGACGAUAAUGUUGUUGGUGAUGAAAACCAAGGGGAAUUGGAUUCUUUUGCCCAAUCUUUGUUUGUCUAAAGAUUUGUUUAUGUAUUUAGAAUACAAGAUUAAGAAUAAGAAUUUGACCUAGCUUUGUGCAUAAA